AUGGCACCGUCCAGCGGGUCAGGCGUGCGCCAGAGACACCGGCUGUACCUCGUUCUGGCACUCGCUGCUGUCUUCAACCUCGCCUGCUGGCGCGCCAUCGCACCACUCUCCGCGUUCGCCUCAUCGCCCCGAUCACGGUCGACGGCGGCACACCUCGCCAAGCGGUCGCUGGAAAGGCUCGUGGAGGAUGGAGGAGGGUCAGACGAGUCGGAGGCGCUCAUCGACUGGCUCGCCUGGUACACGAGCGCGGCACCAGGCGCUCCCCGAGUCGCCAUCUUCGCCCUCAUGGUAAUCUGGCUCGUCUUCCUCUUCGCCUUUGUGGGGAUCUGCGCAUCCGAGUUCUUCUGCCCGAAUUUGAGCCACAUCGCCAGCCGACUCGGGCUCAGCGAGAGCGUCGCCGGUGUCACCUUCCUCGCCUUCUCCAACGGCAGUCCCGACGUUUUCUCGACGUUUGCCGCCCUCAGGAAUGACUCGGGAAGCUUGGCGAUUGGCGAGCUGAUCGGUACAGCCAGCUUUAUCGUCUCGGUAGUCGCCGGUACGAUGGCGCUCAUCAAGCCGUUCCGCGUCGCUCGACGAACAUUCCUCCGCGACAUCGGCUUCUUCAGCGUCGCCGUCCUUCUCACGCUCGGCAUCCUUUACGAUUCGCACAUCCACCUGUGGGAGGCUUUCCUCAUGGUCGGACUCUACGUCGUCUACGUCCUGUACGUUGCGGUCGGAACCUGGUGGGAAGGAAGGGUGGAGGCGAAGCGGAAACGGCUGCGUGAGGCGCGGGGCGAGUACGAGCACGACGAGGCGGACGGUAACAUCGUGAAUGGCGAUGUCGAAUGGGAAGAGGAAGAAGGCGCGAUUACCCUGCCGCCAUCCGGCACUUCGACACCCUCCCUGAACCGCUCACACUCCUACCGCGACGCUUCUCCCGCAUACUCCUCUUCGUCCAUCAUCUACCACCCACCCGGCUCUCCCUUCGCCUCUCCACCCAUGACGCCCACCUUCUCUCCCUCGCACUCCCGCUCACGCGCAACCUCCCUCUCCGGCCCCGCCGGCUUCAACACCCGUCCUCCACCUACUCCUCUCAUGGGCGGCGGUCGACGACGAUCUCGCUCUGUUCGACCCUCCCUACUCGGCGCCAUCGAGUUUCGCGACGUCGUCAACUCGCUCUCGUCCGACCGCUCGUCGGCUGCCAACAUUCUGUCGGUGUUUGGCGGUGCACAUCAGCACCAUGCGCAUUCGCACGACGUGCUGGACGAGGUCGCAGAGGAGCACGAGCAUGCGCUCGAGGAGGGGUUGGGCCUGGGCUUUGGCGGCGCUAGCGAUUCACGAGGGAGACGACGAGCACUCAGUCAGCCGGAGCACCCGGGUGCAUUACAGCUUGGAGGAGCGGACGACGUACUCGCGGAGCGGGUCAUGGCGGAUGCUGAGCGAAGAAGACAUAGGAUGUCGCUAGGCGAAAGGAGAGGAACCUGGACGGACCGAUCGGCGACUGUGGACGACGAGGAGGACGAGCAAGGAUUGAUCGACCUCUCCAAGGGCGUCGACAACCCUUGGAAGGACGCUCAGUCGCCGCUGAUCCAGGACGACUCGCGCUCGUCGACAAUUCGACGGGUUCCCUCGAUCCUCCUCACGACCGACAGCGGGUCGGACACGAUCCUCGCCGAUCACCCUUCCUCCCCUCCUUCGACCACUUCUGCCCGCGAGAAGCCGGAACAUCGCUCGACCCGCCGACGACUCCUCCACGCCUGGCGCUGCGCGCUCUUCCCCUCCCUUCAGUCCUUCCGCUCGAAAUCGAUCGUCGGCAAGUGUACAGCGCUGCUAUGCGUACCCGCCCUCCUCGUCCUCAACCUGACCCUGCCGGUCGUGGAGGAGCCGAGCGACGAAGGCGAUGCGAGCUGGAAUGGCGAGAAGGCGGAUCGUGAAGGCGGGAUUGAUGCCGAAGCUGCGAUUGAGGCCAUCGGCCGACAACUGCACUCGCCUGCUAUUGCGCACACGCACGCCGACUCGCACCCUCAUCCUCACGUCCACUCGCACUCUCACGUCGCACACGACAACUCGCCCUCGCACCGGCUGCAGCACAUCCGUGCUGAAGCCGCCGAGGCGGAAGCGCCUUCUCCUUCGCACGCAUGGGAGGAAGUGUCGACCACACCGCUCGACUCGCCCACGCCAGCUCGUGCACUCGCGACCGGCCCACUCGACUACUUCCGCAUCACCAGCCCGAACCGAAUGACUGGCUCGGCGACGGUGACACCUGUACCGGUAGACGAGGACGAUGGUGUGCGGAGAACGGACGAAGGGAAGGGAGUGCGGCGGUUGAGCGAGGAGGAGUUGGAGGAUCUGGCGCAGGAGCAUGUCACGAGGGUGUUGACGGCCCUGCAGUGCCUGCUCGGACCGCUCUUCGUUGUGUCGGCACUCUUCGUUGAGGAGCUGCGAUGGUGGUACCUGGUCGCCGCCGGCCUCGUCGGUCUUCUCGCCGCCUCGGUCGCCUACCGCUUCUUCCACAACUCGCGACAUCCUGGACGAGUGUCGCUCUGCUUCUUGGGCUUCGCCAUCGCCAUGGUCUGGAUCCUCAUGAUUGUCAACGAGGUCGUCGGCGUUCUCCUCACUCUCGGCCACAUUUUUGGCAUCUCGGACGCCAUCCUGGGCCUCACCAUCUUCGCCAUGGGCAACUCGCUCGGCGACCUCGUUGCGAAUGCCACCGUCGCGCGCAUGGGCUACCCGACGAUGGCCAUCGCAGCCUGUUUCGGCGGACCCAUGCUCAACAUCCUCCUCGGCGUCGGCCUCUCCGGGACGUACCUAAUCCUCUUCGGCCCAGCGCGCGGCCAACCCAUCCACGUCCCGAUGAGCAAGACGCUCGUCGUCUCGGGCGUGGGGCUGUUCGCGAUACUCGUCGGGACGAUGGUGGUUGUCCCGCUGAAUGCGUACAGGAUGAGCAAGCGCGUGGGAGCGGCGUUGAUCGCUGCUUGGAUGUGCGUGAUGGCCAUCAACGUCGGCGUCGAGAUCUGGGCAUGA